UUUUUUUUUUGACUUUGACUUUGACUUUGACAUAAACAAUGUUGAUGCAGUCAAAGAAACACAUCCUCUCCUUCGUCAUUGUUCUUAACAUCAUCCUCUUCCUCUCUUACCUCUAUGUCAGCAGUCUCAGUCCUGUUGUCAUCGUUAACAAGAACAAUGAUAACAACAAUCACCGAGCUACUCGUGAACAGGCCAAAGGUCUAGUUCCACGCCCGACUUUUGAUCCCACAGAACGAUUCCUCGCUUACCUACCCCACAGUGGGUUCCACAAUCAGCGCAUCACACUCGAAAAUGCUCUCCUUCUAGCUAAAUAUCUCAACCGUACACUCCUUGUCCCUCCUGUGUACUUGGGACCCGCAACCGAGUGGAGAACGUUUGAUAUUCUUCACCGUCGCAUCAUGCUCCAGACCAAACGAGGCCUUGAACACUGUGGUCUGAUCCCCAAGGGUGAUCCUCUGCCAGGAGAAUGUCUCAAUUACUACUCUUGGACAACAGUUGAAUGGGAUUUCUUUUAUGAUAUGGCUAAAAUCGGCAAGCAUCAACCUUGGAAGUACAGAAGUGAUCAUUCGUUUGCUUGGAUGGAAACUCAUCUAGGUAUUGAUCGGACCAAGGAUAUCUACAUUAUUGAGGACCGUGCUCACUACGACUACCAAAUCUAUGAUGAUCCAAACAGCAAUACCCCUUUGAACACAAAUCGCUAUUUGCGUCGACUGGACCUGAAGGAGUUGCAGGACCGUAAGGAGCGUGUUCUUCAUAUGGGCUCCCUUUUUGCAACUGGCAGGGUAUUGGCAGAAUUGCCAGAAAACAAGGAAUAUCAACAGUUUUUAAGACGGACCAUGAUCUUGUCCACACCUAUCUUGACAAAAACUUCAGAUGCAAUCGCGGAGAAACUGGGAGGUCUAGGCACCUUUGUUGGCCUGCAUUUGAGAGUAGGCGAUGGCAUGUUUGUGUUACCUGCGCCAGCGAAUAUUGAGAACAUGUUCCAAAACUUGGUCAACAUCACAGGCAUCACACCCCUGCCAGAGUAUACAACUGUGACACCAAAUACAAACAUUCCCGAUGUCAAUAAUGGAGCGCAACCUGUCAGGACAGGAAGAGCUUCACCAGAGAGAUUGGACGUUAUGGCCUGUCGAGCACUCAAGUCCAAAGGUGGACGGUAUACCAUUAUUUAUAUUGCCACAGAUGGAAUCUACCCAAGGCGUAACAUUUUGUUUCGCAAGCUGUUUGAUCACUUCCCUUGUAUCUUCACUCUGGAUGACUUUUCGGAUCUUUUAGUGGAGCUCAAGGAGAUGAAGAACACGGAUGGCGUUGGGUUGAGUAAAGAUUUGAUUCCCAUGGUGGAUGCUGUUGUUUCAGCCAAAGGACGCUACUUCAUGGGGACACCAAAGAGCACUUUCUCGACAUAUGUCUCGAAACAACUUCACCCAGCUUUUGUAGAAGGAAUUGUUGACGAGAACGGCGUUCCUCUGACUUCUCUGUAAAGACUCCAUUCAGAAGUUGAAAACCAAGCCCUUACUCUCUGCCAUUUGCCAUUUUUUAAUCUUUAUUUUGUUUCAUUUUAAUUCAUCAUUUUCGUUUCUAUUAUGCUUACUUUUGUACAAAUAUCUCAUUUAUCACUCCUCAUUUGUCCCUCCUUUGAAAAUGCUGCUGUGCCUUUUUAAACAGCCUGUAACCAUAUCACCAUGGCCAGCCAUAAAAUAAAUAAAAAAACUGUUGAUCAGUAUUUUUUU